AGCCUAAACAGUCCCACAUUAAAAACCCACCCCUUGAUGCCUGGCUUCAAAUACCCUCAGUCUGACCACUGGCACACAGUCGCUGCCAAAAUCACAGAGGACAGAAAUCAAGAGAUAAGAGAAGAGUUAUGAUGCAUUAUUCCAGAGGUGUUCUGUCUUUCCUGGCUCUUUACUUCUCACUGGAGGAAACAUCCACAGCUGUUUUGCCCUCCAAAAUAAAACGGGAAAUCCACUGGGUGGACCAAGAGGGCUUUUCCCGCCUGUCUCACCCCGCCAACACGGGUGACCUUUCUGUGGGAGACAUGGCCGAGGUCAGCAGGGAUGCGAACGGCCGGUCCCUCUUAUCGGAGAGCUUCAUUGCCCCGCCAGAAUCCCCGUCUGUCCAGAGACAAGACCAGAAACAACACCAGAAACUCCACAACCACAAACCAAAUGAAAAGAGGAGGAAGGUUGCCCCUCUGGAUUCCAUCGGACGCUUUCAGAUGAAAGGUUUCCGACACCAAAAUGCAGCCUGAAUCCUUUUUUAGUCAGUCUUGUCACGUUUUCUGAUGCAAAACAUCCAUUUAUUGCCACAAAAAAUAACUAUGCAUGUACAGCAUGGGAAAUGUUUGAACGACACCAGCCUUUAUUGGUUUUGGAAGAGCAAACAUCUAAACUGUCUUUUGUAGAUUCAUAAACAGCAGCUAUAUUUGUCAGAAAAUAUAAAAACCCAUGGUAUAAAUUCAUUUAAAACAAUGUUUCUGUAUUUAUUGUUCAAUUGCUGUUUGGCUGUGUGCUGUAUGGAGGUUCGUGUCAAGUGGCUCCCUCUAGAGGUCAAACAGGAAAAUUACAGUUCAGUGUGCAAACAGGUUCUUUUAUAAAUGACAACAUGAAAUGUCUUUUAUUGAUGAAAAUAAAAAAAUACAACGUUUGUGGUUCCAAAGGAUUUUAUUUUUCAAGCUACAAUUAAAGAAAACAAUAUCUGACUGCAGAAAAUAUAGAAUUUGCUUGGGUAUUCUCUCUUCACUUUCACAUAUGUACAGAUGUUAAAGAAAAAAAAAAGGAUAUGUACACAGAACUCGUACAGGGGAGUGCAACCGCUACGGAAAACUCGCAAGGACUCUCCCACAAAACGUAAAAGAAGGAAAGAAAACAAAACAAAAAAGCACAUGGUAUAAAGCAAAGGAACGCCACAGCCUACGUAGCCUCAACGUUUGUUUUUCUGUACAGCCGAGCUCUUCAUCCUUCCCGGCAUGCGGUGCACCUCUAAACCCGAAAGUUCGGAAAUUUACAAGAAAAUGUAAAACACCUUUUCUUUUUUCUACAACGAACCUCAGCGCUAGAAAUGAAAAACAACAAAAAAAAACACUGCGAACAGCAACCUUUCGUAUAAAAUGACUUGACAC